CUCUCUUGCAUUUUAAAUUUUCGCCCUCAACGGCCCAACCCCUUUCGCUCCUCUAGUGUGUAGGGUUUCCCAGGAAAAACCAAAUCCAAAAAUGUUGAAAACGAUCUGACUUUCCCUUGAAUUCUCGUCGUCGAAAUAAAAUUGAAGUUUGCAAGAACGAAGGGAAAAGAAAGAAAAAGAAAGCGACGAUGAAUUUAACGGAUCCAUCAAUGGCGUUACUGGCGACGAGCGGAGGAGACACCGUUAAGCUCUUCGAUGUGUCGGUGAAGGCCGGCGAUCCCUGCACUUUAAGCUACACUCCGUCUCCUGGUUGCCUCGUCAAUUCUGUCAAGUGGAACCAUACCAAUUUGGUUGUGGCCAGUGCUGGAGACGAUAAGAAGAUCUCAUUGUGGCGUAGGAAUGGGCAGAGCAUGGGGACUAUUCCCGUGGCUGGUACCGACAGUGGAGACAACAUUGAGGAGUCUAUAAUGGCUAUCAGCUUCAGCAAUAAGGUAUCCAGAUACAUAUGUUCUGGUGGAAGUGGUCAUGUUGUAAGAAUAUGGGAUUUACAAAGGAAGCGAUGUAUUAAAUGGUUGAGAGGCCAUACCAAUACAAUAACGGGUGCAAUGUACAACUGCAAGGAUGAACACUUGGCUUCCAUCAGUGUUAGUGGGGAUCUCAUACUUCACAACCUUGCAUCUGGUGCCAGGGCUGCUGAACUCAAGGAUCCCAAUGAACAGGUAUUGAGAGUGCUUGAUUAUUCCCGGAUUAGUCGACACAUUUUGGUGACAGCUGGUGAUGAUGGGACCGUACAUUUAUGGGAUACAACAGGUCGCAAUCCAAAGGUUUCUUGGUUGAAGCAGCACUCAGCACCAACUGCUGGUGUUAGCAUCUCACCAUCCAAUGACAAGAUAAUUGCUAGUGUUGGUCUGGAUAAAAAGUUAUACACUUAUGACUCAGGGUCUAGAAGACCCUCAUCUUGCAUUCCUUAUGAGGCACCUUUCUCAUCAUUGGCAUUUAGAGAGGAUGGUUGGACUCUUGCAGCUGGAACAAGUAAUGGUCGGGUGGUGUUCUAUGAUGUUCGUGGAAAACCACAGCCUUUUGUCGUUCUUCAUGCUUAUGGUGGUUCAGAGGCUGUUACAAGUUUAUGCUGGCAGAGGUCAAAACCUGUUAUUGUAAACGAAAGUAGCUGCACUGCUGAGACUGCUCUUAUAGGAGAUGCUGUUGAAGAUUCAAUCCUUAUGCCUGACCCACUUCCUUCUGUGACUUCAUCCAGCCUUUCUCUGUCUACAGCAGUGUCCAGUUCUCGGACUUCACUCACAGCAACUGGCUCUGGAUUUGCAUCUACUGGGGAGGAAACACCACAUCGAAGCCUUUUGUGGCCAGGUGGAACAUUGUCGAGGUUACAUGCUCCUCAUUCAAAUUAUAACUUCAAGGAUGAUAUGGAGGUGUUUUCCCCUCUUGUGGAUGUUCAGCCAAUAACGCCCUCACUUGACAAGUUGUGGGAUGACCGUGAAGGAACAAAGAAGGAUCAUCUACUUGUAGACAGGAAGCCUUCGUCACUGUUGUUUCCUCCAUCCAGUAGGAGAUUCCCCAUUCCAGAGGGUAGUGGCAACGAUCAUCCAAUAUUCGAUUGGAAAUCCAGCUCAACUUCUAAACAGGAUGACACCCAAUCUUCCUUUACACCGUUGGGUUCAACUCCUACACCAUCUUCGAAAAGCGAAGACCUCUCUAUCACUCCUCCUGAAGCUUGGGGUGGCGAGAAAUUGCCUGAUAAAUAUGCUCACCUACUUCAGCAAGGCACAUUGACAUCUCGUUUGGGAAUGUUGGCUCCUGCUGGUCAGUCAUCAGGGUCAAUGUUUAGUGGAUUACAAGAUCUGUCCUUGUCAUUAAGUCAGACGAGUAUUAGCUCCUUGACAAAUUCAAAUUUCAGUUUUGCAAAUUUACGCACCAGAGAUGUCUCUUCAAAUCAGGAGACCUCAUUGGGAGUUCCAGAACACUUAUCCUCUAGUUCUAUGUCUCCGUCUCUUGGUAACAAAGGCAUCACUGGACAGGCUAACCUUGAUUCCCUAGGGCCAGCAUCUUUGACCCUGCCUCGAAGAUAUUCUACUUAUGCAGAGAGAAUAAGCACUGCAUCCUCCUUUAGCGAUGGGACAUCGCUUUCUGGAGGCUCGCCAAAAUUGAAGAAAACAGGAGCUGAAACCAGGGAAGAACUUUUGAAUAGCUUGUUGGCAAAAUCUGAUACGAUGGUUGCCACAGAAUCAGGAAUUCUUCCGACAGUGAAUGGAGGAAUCUCACAGCCCCAGAAGGCCCUGCAACCAGAUGCACAGCAGGGAUCCUCUUUCACGCUUCAGCUUUUUCAACGCACUCUCGAAGAAACUCUUGAUUCAUUUCAGAAAUCCAUACAUGAAGAUAUGAGGAACCUUCAUAUCGAAAUUCUAAGACAAUUUCAUAUGCAGGAGAUGGAAAUGUCAAGUGUAAUGAGCUCAAUUUUGGAAAACCAAGCUGAGCUAAUGAAAGAAAUCAAGUCGCUGCGGAAAGAAAACCAGCAGCUCCGGCAAUUGCUGUAAGCACUAGUGAAGAUUGCUUUAUUAUUGUGAUUUUUGUUUACCCUUAGUUUUUGGGAGUAUUUGGGGGUUCGUCGGUUUUUUCAUUUUAUAAUUCACACUUCGGCAGUGGCCUUUUCUCUUACCGGUGCUAGGAUUGCUUUUCUCAGCAAUAAUAGUGGAGCAGAGUGUGACCUCACUGAAAAAAGAAAAAAAAAAAUAGUGAAAAAAAUCAAAAGAAAAGAGGGAGAAAAUGCACGCUUUUGGAGGUAGGGGAUUUUGGAACAUGUACAGAGAUAUAUAUUUCAGCUAAUGAAUGAGAGCUUUGACUUGUGUGGCUUUCAUCGAGAAUAUGUGAUAAUGUUAGUAAUCUGUUUUAGUUGUUGCCAUGAAGGUCUUUAUUCUUUUUUGGUGGAAGGCAUGAAGCUUUGAAUUAGA